UGUUUAUUGCCUUUAAAAAAAGAGUUUUAGUAAUCAAAGUAACACUUGCACUAUAAAAAGGAGAGGAAAUGGUGAUAGAUCUUCAUCAGUCAGUCGUUCGUCAGAAGCUCAAGCAAAAGGUGAACAGCAAUGGCGGUAAGACCCCUCAUCCUGGCUCUCUUUCUUUGCCUCCUUUUAUCUAUUUUCACCACCAGUCACGGCUACAAAACUCAUCGUCGUGGACGGCCCUGCAAAGAGCUCUCAUUUUACUUCCACGAUAUCCUAUACAAGGGCCAUAAUAAGGACAAUGCAACUUCAGCCAUAGUAGGGGCGCCCGACUGGGGUAACAGAACAGAAUUUGCAAGACCUUUCGACUUUGGAGACCUGGUGGUUUUCGACGACCCCAUCACUUUAGACAACAAUCUGCAUUCGACUCCAGUGGGAAGAGCACAGGGCAUGUACGUAUACGAUCAGCUAAAUGCAUUUUCUGCUUGGCUUUCCUUCUCCUUCGUCUUCAAUUCCACACAACACAAGGGUUCGCUUAACUUUGCUGGUCCUGAUCCUAUUCUAAACCAGACUAGGAUUGUUUCGAUAACAAGCGGAACUGGUGACUUCUUCAUGGCUAGAGGCAUUGCCAUUUUGACGACUGAUGCAUACGAGGGAAAUUAUUACUUCCGGCUACGAGUGGAUAUUAAGUUGCAUGAAUGCUGGGAGUGAUUUAACUAGUACAAUUACGUGCUUUCAGCUUUUUCCUUUUCUUUCAAGCCUGUGUGACUGUGUUUCCUUUGUACCCCAAUUCAAGAAGUCUUAGAUCUUAAAGAGCAAGUAUUACAAUGUAUCGGUAAAAGUUUGCACUGUAAUUGUUUUCUUGAUGUUGUGCUCAAUGAUAUAUGAGUUGCUUGUUUGUGCCCUUUUUCUUUUUA